CGCUUUCUGUAUGUAACACACAGUACAGUGUAAAUAAAACUUGAAAAUCAGGAGGAAUUACGCGUUUUUUGGUUAAUUUGGGAUAAAGAAUAAGAAAUCAGAACUUCUAUCAGCUUACUGUUGAAAUUGACAGAAAACGAUGGCUCCAAAUACACAACUCGAGAUCAGUGUGAUUUGUGCUUCAAAUCAAAACCGGAGUAUGGAGGCACACAAUUUGCUCAAAAAUGCUGGAUACCAGGUUGACUCUUUUGGUACAGGAAGUGCAGUACGCCUUCCGGGUCCCAGUAUCGAUAAGCCGAACAUUUACCCAUUUGGUUAUCCUUAUGACAGCAUUUACAAAGAAUUGGAGUCUCAGGAUUCUCGUCUCUACACGGCGAAUGGACUCCUCAAGAUGUUAGACCGGAAUCGACAUAUCAAACGUGCUCCGAAUCGCUGGCAAGACCAAGAGUCAAUUUACGAUGUGGUGAUUACUUGUGAAGAACGCUGUUAUGAUGCGAUUUGUGAAGACUUGUACCGUCGAGGCGAAUCGAAGAGUCGACCUGUAUACUUAAUUAAUGUCGACAUCAAAGAUAACCACGAAGAAGCCAGUGUUGGAGGCAAGGCCAUUCUCGAUCUUGUGCAGCGGCUUAAUGAUGCUAAGGACUCUUUUGAAGAUGAAUUUACUAACGUAAUGGCUGAAUGGCAAGCAAAACACCCAACUCUUCCUGCUCUUUACACGAUUCAUUUCUUUUAAUGAAUUUAUUCCUACGGCUCAGUAUACGUACUAUGCUAGUUCGUUCCACCUCGUUGGUAUCAUACAAUUUCGUAACGCUUUGUUUCGCCUCGUUAUGUUAUGGAAUCGGUAGUGGAUUAUAAUGCACAGCAACUUCCUGUAAAUUUCCUGCGUCCUUUUCAUGGUGAUGUCUGUAUGAAAAGUUCUUUCUGCCUAACUGAUC